AUGGAUGAGAAAAUUGGGAAUAUUGAUGAGAAUAUUCAAUCUAUUAGCGAUGGUGAAUUUUUAAUAGAAGAAAGAAACAAUACAGUUAAUGAUGAUGAAUCUUUUAAUCAAGAUGCACUUAUGUCCGAAUCUCAUGCAAGUAGCAAAAUUGAUACAGAAGUUCCCAUAAAUAUGGAUCCAACUUUAUAUAAAAAUAAUAGAGUAGAGUUAUAUGCAGAAGACAAAGGGCCGAAAUUGUACCCUGUUAGGGGUAACAUUGUCACUCCAUUACUAAUUACAAAGAAUCUUCCACAAGCAUUUAGAUUUAUGCCAAUUUAUGGAAGACCAAAAACGAAGAAGGAUUUAGAAAAAUUUCAAAGAUCAAAAGUUAGAGAGUUUGUUGGAUGUGACUUAAAUGAUGAAGAAUUCAAUAAUCUUGUUAAUUUCUGCAGUCCUAGUCACCUCAAAAUGGGUACAGAGUUGACAUUAUCUACCAACUACCCCACUCAAGGUCCCUUGCCAGGUAAAACUUUAAGUGAUUUACAAAAGAACGGAAUUGCUGAGAACCUCUGCAUAGUCAAAAAACUAAAGCUACGGUUGGAAAAAGACACUGGUAAUCAGUAUACACGUCAGCUUAAAUAUAGAGGUGUGCGAUGUUUCCCCACUAUAAACGAGGAUGACAAUUAUAAAAUUGCUAUUCCUCCAUUGGAACCAGGCAAGGAUUUGAUAUUUCGUGUUCGGGUGUAUCGUCCAUUUUUUUGCAGUGGGAAAGAGAGAAAUAACACUAGGCAUUCAAUAUUAAGUCAUGAUAUUGUUCUUCUCGGAAGGCAGAAGCUAACAGUGCUGAGAGAUCGCAUUGUUUGUGCUAAUGAUGUAGGCAUGAGAAUAGAUGUAUCUGAAAAUCCAGACGAGCUGCCUCCUACAUCUGCUAAGGAAAUGUUUCCGUCAGGCUUCUUAUUUAUAAACAAUACAUUCUACGUGGACGUCAGAAAGGGUUGCAAGGAUAAUUCCAAGCCAAUCCGAGAAUGGGCACAGAAGCGGCAGAUGGGCCAAUUCCCACACAGAGACAUGGAGUUAACUUUAGACCAGUUACCCAUUAAACUUGGACAUCCCGAGGUGUACGUGCACCAGGGUAGCUGUGAGCACCUGUUCACGUUCUCCGAGGUUCGGCUACUAGGCGCGUCCGACCCGCUGCGCCAGUCGCUCUACCCCUUCCAUACAGCCAUCUCGCAGAACCAGACCAUCUACUGCACCACCUGUGCGGAGUUCGGUGCCAAGUGGAUAGUCACGGGCUGCUCCAGGGUGCCCUUCGACCCAGCCUUCUUCUGUGAAACGUGCCUUAAAUUAUAUCUGUACCACGAUGGCAAAAAGAUUUGUGAUUUCAAAGCUUAUUUGUACAGAGGUAAUGAAAUUAAUGUUUUGAAACCGCCCGGA